UAAACCACAACCCGGGAUAAGGGUAGAAGAAUUCUGAACGGCAUCGUCGAAGCCGAUUACAUAAUUGGUAGGUAGGUUGCUUGAAACGUCACUCAACACUUUUCAACACCAGAAGGUAUUUCAAGCAUACCUAUACCACAUCUUAUCAUCGACCUAGUCUCGGCCUGAAAGUUCUCUUGCGCUCGCCGUACGACAUCGAUAUCAUGGCGACCUUACAUUUCGGCCUCCUUGAGGAGCGCGAAGAGAAUGAGCUGCACAAAUCUCGCCUCCUCAACGUUGAGGAAAAGCCUUUCAAGCGCCUAACCAAACGCCUCGUCACCCCUGGCGCCUUCACCUCCCCCGGCAAGCUGCCUACACCUCCCCCGGGCAGCAGCACCGUCGACAACCACGAGACACCCGCCGCGGCGCCGUCGGCAGCCGACAUCAAUACGCUCAAAGAGGACAUCAUCCUCGACUUCGAGGCAUUCGACGCUCAGAUCCUACGGCUACAAUUCCUCGGCACUGCAAACGCGUCGGAGCGGGAGCGAUACGCAGCGGACCGGGUGCGUAUCCUGGAGACGAUGGAGGCGGUGCGGGAGGGCAACGCGCUGCUCCGGACGCGUUUGGAAGGGGCACGCGCCAUGCUCGCGCAGCGCCGGAAGUUCGACGAGCUCGCCGAUCGCAUCACGGGCAACCGCCUACUACGCCCACGCGCCGAACAGCACGCCAACCUCGCCAAGCUGGCCCAGGAGUGCGAAGAUCUGCACCGCGAGAGCGAGACGUACGGCGAAACCUGGCGUGAGCGCCGAGAGCAGUUUGAGCGCCUCGUGGAAGAGGGCAAACGUCUCCGCGCCCUCAUCCGUGAUGAGAAGGAAGAGGUGGAACGCCGCGAGGGUAUGGAUUCGGACGGCGAGGACGGCGAGACUCCGGGCAAGGGCGGGUCUGCUAGUGGCAACGCCACCCCUCACCCCGAGAGCGGCGCCGUUUCUUUCACCAAGAGCGACGGGGGAAAUAUGACACCGCGGCCUGGCAGUAGGGAUGGGAGAACCCCGAGACCGGGUAGUCCGAACGGUACGGCUACGACUACGGCGGGCGGACUGAAGCCGAAGCCGGAAACCAGCGGGACUUUCUCCCGAGCCGGAAGCCAGCAGCUAAGAGACGAGGAGGAGGAGCCGGAGGAGGGUGAAGAUGUCGAGAUGGGCGAGUCAUCAACACAGCAUCAAGGGCGACAACAGGCGGAUACGCCGAUGAGGGAGAAUGCGCCACAUGAGACGCCACAGGUCACGAUUAACGCGCCCGAUGACCACGGUGACCAAAUGGACACGACAUAAGAGGGAAUCGAUGGCUUAUAGACGAACUACAUAGGGCGGGAAGGAGGGGAAGCCAGGGUGCAGCCCGCACCCUGGCGGGGCAGAGCAUAUAGAAUAGAGAAUCGCACGCCGGACAGAAGGAAAUGAAUCAAUUACGUCCAAGUUUUGGCGGGUUUCCUCUCCUCCUCUAGGUAGGUAGAGGCGGAGUGGUGUAUGUAAGGGUAUUAUUCUUCCGGUGUUUGCUUCCCAGUAGUAAAUACGGUAUCAUCGC